CCUCUCUCCGUCUCUCCCCCUCUCCCGUGUUUUACUGACAGAAUCGAUACGGGCUCCGCUGACAUGGAGGCCCGGUUUUUGUGAAUGAGGCCCAGUCCGACCGGACCCAGCUCGGCUCCGAUAUCCAAAGCCCGGGAGGAGACAGCGCUCGGCGGCGGGAGAGACGCGGGGGCACCGAGAGAGGAGGAAAAAAAAGAGAGGGAGCCUGCGAAAGAGAGAGAGAGGUCCAUUUCGGAGCUCGGUCGAUUCAACGACGUCGCCGCCAUUUUGUUGUCACUUUGUGUAUUUUAAUAUUGCUAUAUUUUUAUCAUAUGAUUAUGUUCAGUACUAUAUUUUUUGACCGCACCGGUGAAAUCGUGAGCGGUUAGCGCUCGUCAGCUCGCCGCCCUGCCGCUUGCUGGUUUUACUCGUCCGGCCCGUUUCGGGCUUCACACGCCGCGUAUUACACUUUAGGCAGCCGGAUAGUCACUGGCCGCCGACGGAGGCGUAGCUGUCGGCAGCGACUACAAGAUAACCGGAGUCCAUCUACUUCCACCACUCGGCCGGCCGGAGGAGCAGGCGGGGGCCGAGCCGGCCGCCGAGUGACACGCUGAAGUGGCGUGUCGGCCCGGGGCGGAGGGCUUCCCGGAUCUCAGUGACUGCCAGAGGGAUAAACAUGAUCGGCGCGGCCGGCAGGCUGAGCGCCCGGCCGUGCGGGCUCAGUGACCCGGAGGACUGCUCCGAUCGCGGCGCCGUGUAGCCGACGCGACCCGCCGCUUGUUUUACUUGUCGUCUCCGUGAAUGUCACGCUUUUCACUGUCGUGAUAACUUGGUCAUUAAGAAGGGGGUGGGGGGCACGGGACGCCCAGGCAUCCCGGGCACUGAUCGUGUGCGCGGCCGAGGCUCCUGCUGCUCUGAGCCGCCACGGUGGUCGUGCGGGGGCGGUGGCGCCCAUCGAUUAGUUUUUGUGUUUUGUUUUGGGUCGCUAGCUGUCACUUGCCGUUUAUUUAUAAGCACUCACUCCCACGCCGCUUCGCGAUUGGGCUUUUUUCCUUUUUUGUUGGAAACAUCAUCGUUUACCUGCUUUUUCCUUCUUCUUCAGGUGGCGCCUGUUUUUGUUUUUGUUUUUUUUUUUGGACAUUUUGUACGUGUGCGAUACUGAUAAAACAACAACAACAACAAAAAGAAAACAGGAAACAACACACACACCAUCCAGCAUGUCUGCCCGUCCGCAUGGAGAACGCGUUUCAGCCUGGAUGAUGUGAGCGCCGUUUCUUCCUUUACUCCCUGCCCGAAAGAAGGAAACGGGAGACCAGGCAGAUUGAAAAGGGCAAGCAGGCGGACACUUGACCAGGAUUGCAUUUCGUACUCUGACCGCCCCCUACCCCCCCCCCUCGGUCCCUCCUCCUUCCCCCACAGUUGUUCACCUCUUCCUAAAAACAGCGGCAGGUGACAAUACCGCCACCCCUAGCCUAAACGCCUUCCCCCCUCCCCCUCCCCCCCCCAAAAUCUCUGAUGGAUCAGAGAAUACAGGGGGGGCCAAGUACUUCGCCCCCCCUCCCCCCAACGGCUUCCUCCACAGGGGGGUCAGAUAAGGAGGGAGGGGGUGGGAAGAGUGAGGAGGAGAAGAGGGAGAAAGAGAGGGAACGGGUCUCAGCGGAGGCGCCGGAUGCUGCCAGUGGAGAGCAGCAGCGUCAGUUCUCCAUCAAAGAGACCAGCUUCUCGGAAGGCAAUGUCAAGCUCAAGAUCGGGCUGCAGGCCAAACGCAUGAAGAAACCCCCCAAGAUUUUGGAAAAUUACGUCUGCCGGCCACCCAUCAGGACCUCCCUGCGGCAGGGACGUGGAGGGGGGCGGAGUAGCCGCGGGGGCGGAGCUGGCAGCUGCAUGGCUGGGAACGUGGACAGUGGCGUCACCGAGGCCUCCCCGCACGACAGAGCCAGGGAGCAAAGCCCAGCUGGCACAAACCCGUCCCUUUCGCCAUCUUCAUCAGCAGCUGCACCUCCUCCUCCGACCCCUCCAUGUGUCCUGUCGACCUCCAUUGUGGGAAAUGCUCCUGGGAAGAGGGGUCCACCGAAGCUGGCUCGCAAGUCGGAGAUGAAGUCAGACCCAUCAUUGGAAAGACAGGGGAACCUUCACCACCCUGAAGUGGAUGGCGUACUGCCCCACCCUGGGAAGAAGAGCCCUGCCCCCCAGACUAAUCACCAUCCCUCGACGCUGACCCUCCUAGGCCCUGGAGUACAUGAAGCCAGGAAUGAAGGGGGUUCCAAAACCUCACCCAUUAGAGAGCCUCAUAAGGAGAAGGGUCUACUUAAUGGUGGCAUGCCAACAGUCACAGAAAAGUUGGCCCAACUUAUUGCCACGUGUCCACCCACAAAAUCUACCAAGGGAAAGAUCCGCAAACUGCCGUCGGCUACUGUCCCAGCCAGUGCUCCCGUUCCUGCUCCCAUAUCGUCUCCCAGCCCCCCCCAGCCUGACACAGCUGUGCUGAACAGAGGGACAGGCGCUAUUCCACCAACCGUGUUGCAGUCGCCUCUUCCUCCUCCAGUGUCUCGUCCCUCAGGGCGUCCUCCAACUGCACGGCACAGAGACAGUGUUUUGGAGAAGUUUUCUGCCCCAUCUAGGAAAGAAGAGGCUAAUGGAGAGAGCAAAGGGAGCCACAGCAGCAGCAACAAUAACAACAACAAUGGCAGCGCUGCAAGCGGGAUUUGCAGCAGCUUGAUAACCACAGUGGCUGGUGGCAGCCAGCAGCAUCCACAUGUGACUGGACCUCCUGCAUCCUCCACAUUGCCUCCCCUCUCUUCAGAUCAAAGUCUAGGAGGGCUGGCAGAUGUCCGACGUGCCCCUACUACUUCUUUCAGCACACUUCCUCGAGGAGGUUCUACACAGAUGUCAGAUGGCUAUGAGAAAGAGCAAGAGCGGGAAAGAGACAAGGACAGUCCCAGGGAUUUGACUAUGAGCAAAUUUCCCACUCUCUUGGGAUCAGGGAGGCUUGACAGCAACAGCAAGGCAGCUGUUUGGUCCCCCAGCAGCCAGUGCAGGGCAAACGCCGCCCCUACUAAACCCAGUCCAAACCGGGACAGGUGUACUAAUGGUCCAGGUGCAGCUGCAGAAUCCCCAAGGAGGACCUCUUCUCCCUCAAGUCCUUCUCCUGCUAGUCUUCCCACCACUCGGAUAAGCGAUCAGAGCAGCACGCCACCUGGCUCUCCCUCUGAACGGGACUGCAAGCCAUUGAAGAAACGCAAGGGGAGGCGCCCACGUUGGACACGGGUGGUAAAUCGGGCACAACGGCAACCCCCAGACAAGGAAUCUCUUCCUGCAGUGGAAGAUCUUGCUGACCAGCAGAUUCCUAAGCCACACAAGCCUUUAACUCCGUCAGCUCUUCUGACAGCCCCUCAUAAACCCAGAACAGUAGGGCGACCCCCAAACUCCAGCAGAGUCCACCCUGUGGCCUCUCAGGUCCUCGUUGCUGCACCCCGGAAGAGGGGUCGCCCAAAAUCCAAGAUGCCACGACUGGAUGCACCCUCUCCAGGACAUUCUGUCAAGCUGUCAAGCUCAAAGGUGUACUCCCUUCUCAAAUCCAAAGAGGAGCCAGAUCCACCCGUGUUACAUCCAGAGGUUGAAUUGGAUCCUCCUAAACCAAUGCCCCGGAAACGCGGGAGACCUAAGCGCCUACCUCCCACUCUACCCCAGGAAGCCCCACUCCCAACGCUGGCCCCUGAAGUUAGGCCCGGAGGUGGUCUGAUCAUCACAGAUGACUUGGAGUCAGACAAGCAUUUCCGUAAGAAGGGCAAUGGGCAACUGAUGAUGAAGACCAUUAUUCGCAAAAUCAACAAGAUGAAGACCAAAAAGAGGAACCGACUGCUCAAUCAGAUAUUGCUGGGUCCUGGGGAUGGGGGUGGGGCCUUCAGAGCAGAGGCGGAGCCCUCAAAAGCGGGUGAUGUUGGGACGGUAGGGUCGGUCAUGACUGCAACAAACUCUCUGUCCUCCUUGGCUGCCUCCUUUGGUGGCAAACUGGGUCCCCAGAUUAAUGUCAGUAAGAAGGGAACAAUUUACAUGGGCAAGAGGAGAGGACGCAAACCGAAGGCUGUGUCCGCCUCUGGGAAUCCCCCAGCGGGCCCCUUAGAACCCUUCCGUUCACCGAGCUGUGCGUCACCCCACCACCUUCACCAUUCCCUGUCUCUCCAUCCACAGCAGCAGCAGCUUCCUGGUUCUCCCGAUGCCUUUUCUUCCCCUCUCCUGUCCCAGUCCAGUGGUGCCCAGAGUCCCAUCAGUGAUGGUGGGUUUGUUGAGCCGGGAGCCGUGCACUUCUUGUCCCACCAGCACUGUGGUCACGCAUACCACUCCCACCACCCUUUUCCUCUGCCCCCACCAUCCUCUCCGGCUCCCUCCCCUCGUCCCCUCGGUACCUUGGGCUCACCCUCUGGUGUGGCCCCAGUCCUGAAAAAGUCCUCAUGCCGGGCACACCACCACCACUACCGGCACCAGUACCACUACCGUAAGCUCUCGCCUCCCCCGCCCCUGCUGCCCACCUCCCCGGCACACUUGAGUGAGCUGAAGGAAGCCACACCUUCACCUGUCAGUGAGUCUCACAGUGACGAGACAGUGCCCAGUGAUAGUGGCAUAGGAACGGACAAUAACAGCACCUCUGACCGGGGGGAGAAGGCAGGGGGUGGAGGUGGAGCAGGAAUCACUCAAGGAUUGGCGCCCGGGAUACUGACGCCAGGGGUGGUGGGCUCAGUGGGCGGGGUCUCGGUGGGUGUUGGCUCUAGGAGUCGGAGGAGGCACACGUCUGUACUGCUGGAUCACCCGUCCCCGGCCCCAUCCCCACUGGGUCCUGGUGUGUCCCAAGACACUUGCAGGGCUCAUGCAGCACCCCCACCUGCCGUAUUACUGGGCCACAAGGAGAAGCACAAGCACAAGUGCAAGCGACGGGGACACAACUGCCCCGGGUACGAGAAGCUGAAGAGACAGAAACGCAAAAGGAAGAAGAAGUACCUGCAGCUUCGGUCUCGACGGCAAGACCCUGACUUCCUCGCGGAGCUGGAGGAUACCAUCGUCAGGCUGAGCGAGAUCCGGAUAGCGCACCGCAGUUCCCGCUUGGGGCCAGGCGGGGCCUUGGGCUUAGGUGCUGGUGCUGGUGCUGGUGCUGGUGCUGGUGCUGGUGGUGGUGGUGGUGGUGGUGGUACUGGUAUAGGGAGUGGAGGCCACCCCCCGACUCACCACUACCUCCCCAGAGACCUCCUGCCCACCAUCUUCAGGAUCAACUUCAGCGGCUUCUACUCCCCCCACCCAGCAUACCCAUGCGACUCCCUUCACUACGUCCGCAAGCCGGACAUGAAAAAGAAGCGCGGGCGGCCACCUAAGCUGCGGGAGGCAAUGGCAGAGGUGCCGUUCGUUCAUGGACUUGGGUUUCCCUUGUCGGGAACUGGCUUCUACCACCCAUCCUAUGGAGUACCCUACUCUUCCACCCCUCUCGGGCUAAGCUACUACAGGGGCUACCCUCCUGCUGCAGCCCUUUAUCCACACUCAUCCCACCCGCCCCCGUCCCACCAUUCCCCCUCAUUCCCUCCCACAUCUUACUUGCACCAUCACCCACCCCACCUCUUGCUUAACCCAGCCAAGUUCCACAAGAAGAAACACAAGCUUCUGAGGCAGGAGUUCCUGGGUGGGGGUCCCUCGCCUGUGCUGUAUCCCGCUGUGCCCCCGGAGUUGUCCUACAGCUGGCUCCAUGAGCACAAACACAAACACCGGCACAAGCACCGUGAGCGGCGUGGGGAGGAGGGCGGGGCUGAUCCGGUGGCCAUGGGAGCGGCUGGGGGCGGGCCCUCUGCUACCAGAGGCAUGGGAAUGGGAGGCGGAUCUGCGGUGAUGGAGUCGCUACGGCGCUACAGGUACGGGAAGGAUGCCGCAUCCUCCGCCCCUGCUGCCAGUCCAGCUGCCACGGCUUCUGCCAACUCCCCUUCCUCCUCCUCCUCCUCCUCAGCAGAGAGGUACAAACACAAGGACGUGCCCCUGUCCUGCACGGUGCCUUAUCUCUCACCAGCAGGGGGCACAAGGAUGCGUUCUUAUCUAGAGCCCUGGUUGAGGAGGGGGAGCCCUGAUUCUGACUAUGCCAGCCUGCCUCAGAACUGCAACCCUGGCCAAGACUCCUUCUCUGGAGGCCAAGCCGCUGACCCCAUGGGUGCCUCAGAAAGUGAGGAGGAGGAGGACGACGAAGAAGAGGAGGGGGCCUGCACAGCCCCCCAGACGUCGGCACGCUCUCACACUCCUCCACACCAUACAAACUUGUUCACAACUGCCCUCAGCCAGGCUGUGAGCACCGGGGGUCGUGGCAGGAGGGCCGGCAUUCCGGCUGGAGCCGGAGGCUUUGUGGGAUUUGACCGGGCUCUCCAGAAGGACCGGGCCCUCCCAGCCGAGAGCCGAGAGACAGGAAUGACGCUGGGUGUCCAGACCCGAGGCUCGCGGUCCGGUGCCCCCGAGUGUCCAGAGGGGGCACUACACCAUCACCACCACCAUUACAUGCAGCACAGCCCUCAGCUGAGCCAGCAGCACUAUCUCACUCGGCAUCUGCACUGCAGCCAUGAAGCCCCCGCGGGGGGGGCACUGGGGCCUGGACGGCCCCCCAGCCGGGAGCGGGUGAGCAGCGGGAGCCGGCAGGCCAGUCCUUCGGCGCGCACCUCCCAGGCCUCCCCACCUCGGCACGCACGCCCCCAGGGCCUGGAUCGCCUGCUCUGCACCAAGCGCAGCCUGGAGCACGUCAACAAGAUCCUGAAGGCCAAGAAGCUGCAGCGGCAGGCGCGCACCGGCAAUAACGUAGUGAAGAGGCGGCCCGGCCGGCCCAGAAAGCACCCCCUGCCCUCCCCCCCGGCCUCCCCUGCCCCCCAGCAGCGCAGCUCACCUGGAGACACCGUGACCGAUGUCAUUGAGUCCGUUGUGCAGGGCCAGCGUAGGCAGGGGCACAAGAGGAAGCGCUGGGGUGAGGAAGAAGAGGAAGACGAGGAGGAGGAGGCUGAGGAGCAAGAGAGGGAGGUUGAGGGGCAUGACGAAGAGGAGGAGGGUGCAACGGUGACGGAGGGAAGCAGAGGAGGGGGAUCACGGGGGGGAGACCGCAAAGGAUGGCUCACGGAGGAGGAGCUACACUGUUUCCGCAGUGCCCUGGAGGGUAAACCCAAAGAUCACGUCUCUGCCGAGCCGACUUUGACGUCACCGCUGGAACAGGCUCCGCCCCUGGGUCCGCCCCUGACCCCAGCCACCCAGCGGGAGAAGCGAGCAGCCAGGCCCCCCAAGAAGAAGUUCCAGAGGGCCGGCCUCUACUCCGACGUCUACAAGACCGCAGAUCCCCGCAGCCAGCUGCUGCAGCUGAAGAAAGAGAAGCUGGAGUACAUCCCGGGGGAACACGAGUAUGGCCUGUUUCCUGCCCCCAUUCAUGUCGGGAAGUACCUCAGACAGCGGCGCAUUGACUUCCAGCUGCCAUACGACAUCCUCUGGCAGUGGAAGCACAACCAGCUCUACAAGAAGCCUGACGUCCCGCUGUACAAGAAGAUCCGAUCUAAUGUCUACGUAGACGUCAAGCCACUGUCAGGUUAUGAAGCCACCACCUGUAAUUGCAGAAAGCCGGAAAACCUCACAGACAAGGGCUGCAUCGACGACUGUCUCAACAGAAUGAUCUUUGCCGAGUGCUCCCCCAACACCUGCCCCUGCAGAGAGCACUGCGACAACCAGCACAUUCAGCGGCACGAGUGGGUGCAGUGUCUGGAGCGCUUCCGUGCCGAUGGCAAGGGCUGGGGCAUCCGCAUCAAGGAGCCACUACGGGCCGGCCAGUUCAUCAUCGAGUACCUGGGCGAGGUGGUCAGUGAGCAGGAAUUCCGGAACCGCAUGAUUGAGCAGUACUACACCCACAAUGACCACUACUGCCUGAACCUGGACAGCGGCAUGGUGAUCGACAGCUACCGCAUGGGCAACGAGGCCCGCUUCAUCAACCACAGCUGCGAGCCCAACUGCGAGAUGCAGAAGUGGUCAGUGAAUGGCGUUUACCGCAUCGGCCUGUUUGCCCUGAAGGACAUGGAGAGUGGCACGGAGCUCACCUACGACUAUAACUUCCAUUCCUUUAACACGGAGAAGCAGCAAGUGUGCAGGUGUGGCUCACAGAGUUGUCGGGGCAUCAUCGGGGGAAAGAGUCAGCGGCUGAACGGGUUGCCCGGGAAGGGGGGCGGAUGCGGGGGUGGGAGCCGCAGGCCAGGCCGGCUGAAGGAGAAGAGCAAGUCCAAACACCAGCUGAAGAAGCGGGAGGUGGAAUCCAGUGACAGUGGGAAGUUCUCCCCACACCUACACAUGAAGCCCAUGUCCAACAGGGAGAGGAACUUCGUCCUGAAGCACAGGGUCUUCCUGGUGCGUAACUGGGAGAGAGUGAAAGAGAAGCAGGAGCUAUUGAAGAGGGAGGGCGAAGUGGGCCUCUCGCAGUGCAGCCGCUGGGGCAGCGUCAUGCGUGAUGAUGGCAACAUCAAAUCAGACGUGUUCCUGACGCAGUUCUCGGCGCUGCAGACGUCGCGGUCGGUGCGCACGCGGAGGCUGGCGGCUGCCGAGGAGAAUACGGAGGUCACUCGCACGGCGCGCCUUGCCCACAUCUUCAAGGAGAUCUGCGACAUGAUCAUCAGCUACAAGGAUUCCUCCAAUCAGCUGCUGGCCGCGCCCCUGCUCACACUGCCCUCCCGGAAAAGAAACACACAGUAUUACGAGACAGUGUCCGACCCGCUGGACCUCAGCACCAUCGAGAAGCAGAUCCUCACUGGACACUACAAGACCGUGGAGGCGUUUGACACCGACAUGCUCAAGGUGUUCCGUAAUGCAGAGAAGUUUUAUGGACGCAAGUCCUCCGUGGGCCGUAACGUGUGCCGCCUGCGCAAGGCCUACUACGGGGCGCGGCAUGAAGCUGCCGUGCAGAUCGACGAGAUCGUGGGCGAGACAGCCAGCGAGGCGGACAGCUCGGACUCGCUGGAGCGCGACGGCGCCCAUCAGGGGACACACGACAAGGACGAUGACGUCAUCCGCUGCAUCUGCGGCAUGUACAAGGACGAGGGCCUGAUGAUUCAGUGCGAGAAGUGCAUGGUGUGGCAGCACUGUGACUGCAUGCGUCUUAAGGCGGAGGUGGAACAUUACCUGUGCGAGCAGUGUGAUCCCCGGCCAAUCGACAGGGAGGUGCCCAUGCAGCCGCAGCCCAGCUAUGCGCAGUCAGGCUCCGUUUACUACAUCUGCCUGCUGCGUGAUGACCUGCUGCUGCACCAGGGGGACUGCGUGUACCUGAUGCGGGACAGCCGGCGCACCCCCGACGGUCAGCCAGUCCGGCAGUCCUACCGCCUGCUCUCCCAUGUCAACAGGGACAAGCUGGACAUUUUCCGUAUCGAGAAGCUGUGGAAGAAUGAUAAAGGCGAGCGCUUCGCCUUCGGACAUCAUUACUUCCGGCCUCACGAGACGCACCACUCGCCAUCUCGGCGCUUCUACCACAACGAGCUCUUCCGGGUGCCGCUGUAUGAGAUCAUCCCGCUGGAGGCGGUGGUGGGCACCUGCUGCGUGCUCGACCUCUACACCUACUGCAAGGGGCGGCCCAAAGGCAUCAAGGAGCAGGAUGUCUACAUCUGUGACUAUCGACUGGACAAGUCGGCUCACCUCUUCUACAAGAUCCACCGUAACCGCUACCCUGUGUGCACCAAGUCCUUUGCCUUCAACCACUUCCCCAAGCGGCUGGCACCCAAGAGGGACUUCUCCCCGCACUAUGUCCCAGACAACUACAAGAGAAAUGGGGGUCGCUCAUCCUGGAAGAGCGAGCGACCCAAGCUGUCCUGUAAGGAGCAGCCAGUGGCGGGUGACGAGGGGGAGUCGUCGCCAGCUGAUCCCCGGCUUAGCGAGGGUCACGCUCUGACUCCCCUGGUGGAUGCUGAGGAGGGGCUGACGGAACGAGAUGCGGACGUGGGGCCGGCUGGGCCUUCGCAAUUCCUCCCCAUGGGGCCCCAAGGUCUACCCCCGCAGGGGCCACAGGACCGGUCCGUCGAGGAGCAGCCCGAGGAGGAGGCGGAGGCUGACGUGGAGACACGCUCUGCAGAGCAGCAGGAGGUGCUGGAGCUACCUUCCUCCGCCCAAAAUCCCUCGGAAGCGAGCAGGAGGGAGGCGCAGAGGGAUCGGCUGAACAAGAUCCUGCUCAACCUGCUCCAUCAAACGGCCAGCAAGACCGUCAUAGAUGUGACGUAUCUCCUCGAGGAGGGAUCUGGGCGCCGGUUGCGGCGAAGGACAUUGGGGAUGAGUGACUUGGGUAGCAGGAAGUGAUGUCACCAGCCGCACCUGGCAGGCCCCACCAGCACUUCCCUCUGCUUCUGCAGUGAAUGAGAGGAUUGGGGCACAACGCAGAGGAGGACACGGUCAGCGCAGAGAAGGAUUGCACGGGAAUUUCCCUUCUCGCCUCUCUGACAGAGCCCCACCCUCUAACCCCUACCCCCUUACUUUUGUCUUUCUGUCUGGGUACGUGAAGGUGGAGCUGAUAGCCACGGCACUAGGGGGCAGUGAGGGUUGAACCGGGGUGG